AUGUCGGAUCCGUUCUUUCAGAAAAAGCGAAAACGUAGCAAUGAUGCCGGCAGUAAGCAUCCAACUCAAACGCGACGUAAAGAUGCGGACGAAUACGAGGAUGCCGGUGAUAUCGGUGCUGUGGAAGAUAUGAAUUUGCAGCACACAUACGACGACGGGGAUGACGGCGCAGCAGCCGCGGAUCGAGAGACUCCCGCCGAAGCUAAAGUACGCCUUGCCAAGCUGUACUUGGAGGGAUUGCAUGAAAAAGAAGACAUUGACGGGAUCGAUGCGGCUGCAGUAGAUCGAGAAAAUAUUGCUGCCCGGCUCCGUAAGGACGUUGAGGAAGGCAGCGGCCACAUGCACAUAGCUGUGGCAACACGCAUAUGUGCACCGAAGCCCGAAGACAUCCUAUGUGUGCGUGGGCAUAGAGCAAGCAUGACUUGCGCUCGAACUGGCGCAAGUGCAAAGCAUCUCUUCACGUCAGACAAGGAUGGGCGCAUUUGGCAGUGGCGUCUUCGAGACGGCACCCAAGUCUGUAUGAUGCCCCGUGGAUACGCCCGCGAGUCCGAGUAUGUUGGAAGUGCACCAAUGUCAAAUACGAGUGGUGCUGCUCGACGUCGUGAACGUGCGCGCCGCAGCACGCAAUCGCCUAUGCCGUCUACAUCAUCUGCCCCGUACAAGGGCCACGUUACUUUGCAGCCGGGCGAGGGUCAUACCAGCGCCAUUCUUUCACUGUCUGUGAGUGAUGAUGGGCGUUUUUGUGCAUCGGCAGGCUGCGAUAAGCGCAUUGGUAUUUGGGAGACAACAACGACAUCUGCAUCGAGUCCGAACGUGCCGACGAGAUGGGUCAAAGCCCUGUUGGGCCACAAAGAUGCAGUAUGCUCUGUUGCAUUUCGUGGCGGCUCGACGGAACUAUUCAGUGCGUCGUACGAUCGCACAGUGAAGCUGUUUGAUGCAGCACAGCUGAGUUACAUCGAAACUUUGUUCGGACACCAGGAAUCCAUACAAGACCUUGCUUGCUUGCGUGCUGAACGAGCUGUGACUGCCGGCGGUCGUGAGCGUACAUGCCGAUUGUGGAAAAUCCGCGAAGAGAGUCAGCUUGUGUUCCGUGGUGGCACACGAAGCAAGGUUCAUGCGCUUCUUGAAGGUGGUGACCUCGUUGAUACCCCAGGCGCAAAAAAGAAUGAGGUCCACGAAGGUAGUGUCGAUUGCGUAUCAAUGAUCGAUGACAAUCAUUUUGUGAGUGGCAGUGACAGUGGUACCCUGUCUCUCUGGUCCCUUGCGAAGAAGAAGCCCUUGUUUGUCGUGUACGCAGCACAUGGCUACGACAGAGCGCAUGGAAAUACACAGCCUUUGCCCAGGUAUAUUACAAGCGUUGCGUGCUUACCAUACGGCGAUGUUUUUGCGUCUGGUUCCUGGGACGGUGUUAUCCGCUUGUGGGCGCUGGAUUCGAGCUUGCGCUCAUUCCGCUUCCUUUUUGAUGUGCCCGCGCCUGGCGUUGUCAACAGUCUUCAGUUACUUACACCAUCGAUCGAGCAUAUGGACGACUAUCCUGUGGUUCCUUCACUUUGGCGUCGUCGCGGUGGUGCACAGGCUCGUUUGGAUCCAGUGGCCAAAACGAACGGACAUCACUCGAGUGAGCCGCACAAGUCUUCUUCGUCCUUGUCACUUCGCUCGGGACUACACAUGUCAGCUGAUGGACAUGUACUUGGUCACAAGGAAAGUAUUCCUCCUCUUCUCAUUGCUGCACUUGCCCCUGAGCCGCGUGCAGACCGUUGGAUCCGCAUCCCAAAUGCCGUAUCAGCUGCAUUGGUGAUUCCAAUGUGGCUCCUUACGUAG